AGCAAUCAUCUGGUUGAGAGAUUUUGUGAAAGUGAAGAACAUAAUCAAUACAGAGAAACCUUCGGCCGGAUUCUAAAUCUUAACCUGAACAAGAAAAUUCCCACUGUAGUAACACCGUGUGAAUGUAACUUAUGUGGAAAAGUCUUUAUGCAUCCUUCAUCCCUUAGCAGGCACAUCAGAUCUCACGCUGGACACAAACCGUAUGAGUAUCAAGAGUAUGGAGAGAAACCAUAUAAAUGUAAGCAGUGUGGGAAAGCUUUCAGUUCUUGUCAGUCCAUUCGAAGACAUGAAAGAACUCACACUGGUGAGAAACCGUAUGAAUGUAAGGAAUGUGGGAAAGCCUUCAUUUCUCUUCCAAGCGUUCGAAGGCACAUGGUUAAGCACACUGGAGAUGGACCUUACAAAUGUCAGGAAUGUGGGAAAGCCUUUGACCGUCCCAGUUUGUUUCGAAUCCAUGAAAGAACUCACACUGGAGAGAAACCCUAUGAAUGUAAGGAAUGUGAGAAAGCCUUCAUUUCUCUCCCAAGUUUUCAAAGACAUAUGAUUAGACACACUGGAGAUGGACCUUACAAAUGUCAGGAAUGUGGGAAAGCCUUUGACCGUCCCAGUUUGUUUCGAAUCCAUGAAAGAACUCACACUGGAGAGAAACCCCAUGAGUGUAUGCAAUGUGGGAAAGCCUUCAUUUCUCUCACAAAUUUUCAAAGUCACAUGAUUCAGCACACUGGAGAUGGACCUUAUAAAUGUAAGGUGUGUGGAAGAGCCUUCAUUUUUCCCAGUUACGUUCGAAAACAUGAACGAACUCAUACUGGGGAGAAACCGUAUGAAUGUAAUAAAUGUGGUAAAACCUUCAGUUCUUCCAGCAAUGUUCGAACACACGAAAGGACUCACACCGGGGAGAAACCCUAUGCAUGUAAGGAAUGUGGGAAAGCCUUCAUUUCUCUCCCAAGUGUCCGAAGACAUAUGAUUAGACACACUGGCGAUGGCCCUUAUAAAUGUCAGAUAUGUGGUAGAGCCUUUGACUGUCCCAGUUCAUUUCAAAUACAUGAAAGAACUCACACUGGAGAGAAACCCUAUGAAUGUAAGGAAUGUGGGAAAGCCUUCAUUUCUCUCAAAAGGAUUCGAAAACAUAUGAUACUGCACACUGGAGAGGGACCAUAUAAAUGUCAGGUAUGUGGUAAAGCCUUUGACUGUCCUAGUACCGUUCGAACACAUGAAAGAACUCACACUGGAGAAAAACCCUACGAAUGUAAAGAAUGUGGGAAAGCAUUCAAUUAUGCCAGUUCCAUUCGAAUACAUGAAAGAACUCAUACAGGAGAGAAGCCCUAUGAAUGUAAUAAAUGUGGGAAAACAUUCAGCUAUUCCAGUUCCUUUCAAAGACAUAAAAGAGCUCAUGGUGGAGAUCAACCUUAUGUAAGAAAUGUGGAAAACCUUUCAUUUAUUACACAACCUUCAAGUACACAUGAGAAUGCGUAGUGGAGCAAAAUUCUACAUGUGUAAAGAAUAUGGAAAGUCUUCAGAUUGCCUUCUGGGUUUUGGACUUGCUUGGGAGCUUACCCCUCCUCCUCUUCUCUUUCUUCCUUUUGAAAUAGGAAUGCCUAUCUUAUGCCUGUCUCACUGUUGUGUUUUGAAGUAUACACGUAGUUUGGCUUCACAGGUUUGCAGCUGAAGAAGACUUUUGCCUCAGCACGAAUUGAGUCUCAACCAUAUUUGACUUGUAUGAUAUUGAGAUGAUGCUUUGAGUUUGGGCAUUAGAAAUCAUUCUAGAAUUUGUUAAGACUUUUGAGGCCUUAGGGAUGAGAUACUUGUAUUUUAUGUGAUAGAAGAACACGGGCUUUGGGGGGGCUAGAUGUGGAAAGGUUGGGAUUUUGGGGGGCCAAUGUGGAAGAGUUGGGCUUAGUGUGUAUGUUCCCUAAACUCACUGUUAAACCCUACCCUCUAAUGUGAUGGUAUUCAGAGAUGUCCCUAGUGCUUGUUGGGAUUAGAUGAAAUUGUGAGGAUGGAGGCCUAAUAAAUGGGAUUUGUCUCCUGACGUGAGUCCCUAGAGAGCUAGCUUUGCUCUCCACUGUGAAAGAACACAAUAAGAAGGUAGUCUUACUUGGACCAGAAAGCAGGCUGCCACCAGACACACAGUCUGCCAGUGCCUUGAUAUUGGUCUUCCCAGCCUUUUAAACUGAGAAAUAAAUGUUUGUUGUUUAAACCA